GAGCUCGAGCAUUCACUCAUCUCACCGGUCACGGACAAGGGGCCGGCCGCCGCAGGGCUCCUUUGACCAUCGUUGCCCUGGUGCCACUGCCACCUCUUGUGUCUUGUGUCUGCGUCGCCUUGCAGCCCAUAAAGCACCACCACAUCCCGGCCCGCCAGUAUCUCCACCAUCGCCGUCGGAGGAAGAAAAGAUCUUGCAAGUACAUCACCAUUACACUGUCACGCUCACUGCGCCCUUGUUUGUCACCCUAGCUAAGCAUCCUCGCUUACGUUCUCGGCGGCCGGAAGGGGAGGAGAUGGACAACGACGACGACGCCGGCAUGGUGAUCCCCUCCUCGCCCUCCGCCGAGACAUCGUCUUCUUCCUCCGAUAUCGACACUGAGUCCACAUGCUCGUUCUUCCGGGACCGGAGCACGACGCUGGGGACGCUAAUGGGCGUGUCCUUGGCCGACGGGGAGGACCCGCCUCAGGAGACAGUGGCGGAGGAGGAGGAGGGGAGGAUGCCACUCGCGCCGGCGCCCGAGGAGGAUGGGUGGAGGUGGCGCCGGCGCUGGAGGCCGCGGCGUGGCGCCAGCUGGUGGCGGAUGUGCAGGGACGACGUCGGCGGCACGACCCCGCUGGCCCACUUCCUGCACAUGGAGAAGCAGCUCUCCAGGGCGGGACUGCUGUGCGGGGGCGGCGGGGAGGCGACGGCGCCGCUGUUCGAGAACGGGAGGGUGCUGCCGUCGUCGUCGGCGGCGACGGCCACGGCGGCGGCUGUCGGGGAGGAAAGAGGCAAGUGGAAGCUGCGGAGGUCCGCCCAGGGCCAGGGGUCGCUAACGCUGGCCAGGCUGCCGGUGUUGCUCACCGGCAUCUGCAGUGGCGGAGCUUGACCAUUGAGUGGAACGGAAUGGUCUCAGCUGCGAUCGGAUUACUGUCUUGUUUCUUCUCUGCUCCAUUUUUCUCCUUAAUAUUUGGCAUGCAAAGAUGAUGAAUGAUUGUAUGCAAAGAUGAUGAAAGAUUGUACUGUAUUUGUAUUGCUUCACACGUGUGAGUGAAUGGAAUUGCUACGACCAAAUUUAAGCAUUGCA